AUGUCGUCCUCUCAGUCUGGAAACUAUGACCAGUUGCUGUCAAAAGAUCUUGCGCAGGCGAUCGAUCAUCAUAGUACGAUUGAAAAGACUGUCCAGGUACAACUGACUCAUUCCUAAAAUAAAUACCUUCAAGUUGGAUAAAGCUAUGCGCCCUGACUUCCAACAAUCUUCUACAUACUUAAAAGUUUUCCCUCCCAAAACCUUCGCCCUGCAUAUCCCCUCAUCUGCUCACCUUAACAGGGCGCAGACGUGGAGGUAAAACGGGUCAAGAAGGUGAUGGAUGACCUUGCUCGAGAAUUUGAUAACUCGACAAGGUGGACUGCGCGCCGGAAGGCAGACGAACGCGAAAUGGCGCCUGGAGCUCGCCUCCUGGCCCAUCACUGCACAAGGUCUUCUGCAACUGCCCUAGUGACUAAUAUGCGCUCAUCCUCCAUGUUUCACUUCUUUGCAGAAAAGUGUGACUACAUGGACGAAGAGCGCAGAGAAGCCAUCUAUGGCUCCUGUGGCUUCUUAAAUAAGGGCUACCCAACAUCGGGCCCAGUGUUUAACUAUGGGGUGUGGGAAUAUGGUAAAAAACUUACCAAAGAGGAAGAGGAGUUGCUUGACCGCUGUCCUAGUACUAAGGAAGCAAUCCUUGAGCAACUAAAUCUUCGCCCUCCAGCUCGGACAAAACCCUACCCCUUUGAGACAGAAGAUAUCCUAGCACGUGGCCUUGAUGUCAUAAAAAACUCAUCGCCUCCCGUGGCCCCGAUUCUGUGGCCGAUACCUGAACCAUAUGAAAUGCCAGAUGGUUCGCUAUGGUCAGGCUCCACAAAAAUUGAGAAGCUUAUCCCUAUCUUUAGCCUUGGGCAAAAGUUCAAUGAGGCAACGCAGGCUUGGGAUAAAAUCCGCUCAAUUGCUAACGAGAAAGAUAACAACCAGCGCGUCUCAGCCAUCUCCGAACAUCUCUCACUUCCAGGCCUCCCUGUCAUCGUGAGGGCCUUGCAGUACGCGAUGGCGCCUAACAUCCCAUCCCCUGCGCUGUUCCUGAAGAAACAACUUAAAGAACAGAUUGAGAGAGAACGUGCGGAGAUGACUGUAUGGGAAGAAGUUGCUUCCAUUACCGCGGGGCUGCCCCCUCAAGAGCCGGCACCUGGAGGCCUCAACUUCUUCCCAGUUGUAAGUAAAAUUGAUCUAUGCAGUGCAUAUUUCCAGCUUGCAAAUGACUCACCUCUGGGCUCGUAUGCCCUCUCCUACUGGGAUCCUGAAAAAGACAAAGUGUGCUACUGUGUCACGCCAGCGAUUACCUUCGGCAACCUGCACUCAGUUUUCCACUUCUGUGGGUCUGUAAGCAGACUCAUUGAAAGGUUCUGCUGCAGAGUCCUCAAGAUCCCUGUUCUUGUGUAUGUUGAUGAUAUCAUCAUACUAACAAAUCACCUCCUUGCUCCUCAACUCCAUGGAGUUAUCAAGACCCUCCUUGCUGCCCUAGGCCUCUUGCAAUCCGAUAAAAAAGAUGUAAUAGGAAAACUAGGAACCUGCUCGGAAACACUCGGGAUUGACAUUAAGACAACAUGCCAUGAAGGACGUUGGAAACUAGAAUGCCAGAUGCCGCGUCCUAAGAUAAAGGAAGCUGUAAAGCAAUGUGGUGAAGUCAUCGACUUCCUGAGAAAAAACUCUGUGUCGCUUAAGAACCUGCAACGGCUUACAGGAACAGCCACCUACCACCUCUACUGGCGCCACUACCUCCAUUGUGGCCCAGCUCUAAGUUGGUUGUGGCAAUUCACCACCCCGAAAUUCUUUAACAUCCUGAAAAACUCGCAAGGAGUUCGGCAAACAGCAGUCAUCUUUGCUAAAAUGCUCCAGGAUGCAAUCGAAAGAGGUGACACAACGAACAGGCUAACGCUCUGCCCUGAAGUCCUCUCUUCAGGAACGGCAGAAAUCUUCUCUGAUGCAUCUCUCGCCGAUGGAGUCUUGUGGAUGGGUGCGGUUAUCUUUGCACAUGACCUCCCGCACCCACUUCACUUCUCCCUAAGGUACACAAUGAAAAAGUCCAGCUCAAAGCUUGAGCCCGAAACCCUCUGCAACAGAGUCAUUUUCUUCUAUGAGAUGUUAGCUAUCUACCUGGCUAUAACUCUCUUCAGAAAAUGGACAAAGGGCAGGAAGCUCAUCAUACACUGCGAUAACCAAGGAGCCUCCUUUGCUAUCGUUAAUGGCCACUCCUCGUGUCCACUAGCGGGAGCUCUAGCUAGCAUGAUUGUAGCCCAACUACAUCAAGAUAGCACGAUGAUGAGUCUCCAUUGGAUAAAAUCCAAACGCAAUCCGUCAGAUGCACUAACUCGGCCGGAACUCUUCAAGGCGUUUAUCGAAAAAACGAAAAGCCGUUCCCUUGACUCAGUGAUAAAUCUAGAAGAGUGGGUCGGCGUGGUCGAUAAAGCUAAAGGGGCCGCAGCAGAAACCAUCCAAGAACUUGUUGACCUCUCGCAGCUACAGAAUGCUGACCAGGGCAAGAAAUCUCGGAAGAGAUCCCGCCAACAGGCUGGAAUAUAGACAAGAACUCAGCAUAUGGCCCCUUGAGCUUAGCCUCGCCCCACAGACCAUGGCAAAUAGGAGGUCUCAGUGGACAGCCUGGGUUAGUUGGUUUAAUACAAAAUACCCAAGCAAGAAAUUCAUCAUCCCAAAGACCUGCUAUGAUGUAGCAAAGAUGUUCUUCCCAGCAGUCACUUGCUGUGGUGAGAUCUUUGAGUAUGGGAAGUUUCUUCUUGACCAUGACAUGUCUAAGUCAUAUCAUCUGCAUAUUGGUACCAUUAUGCAACGGAUGAAAAUGCUCAACAAACUUGACCUAGGCUCCCCCUUUGCAGGGGAUAACCAGACAAGCAUGUACCGAGCACUGGCAAGACUCAGGGAUGAAUUUGCUAGAAAGAAAGCACUUCCUGUAUCAGCAAGUAAGGUAAUGAAGCUCUGCCCCAAAGAUAGAGCAAGGGCAAAAGCAUGGAUUGCGGGUGGACUACGACUCUCGUCCAUGGCGUCUCUCUCUAGAGAUCUCAUGCAAGUCCUGCCCCAUGAUCCUGCCCUUACCCUGGUGCUCUCGCAACAUAUUAAGAGCCAUAAGGGUGAAGACUUGUUUGGAAAUGUGUUGCCAACAAACCUGGUCGUUCCUGAAAUCUUCUCUGUCCCUGAGCAUGAACUUAGGCGACUUGCGUCAACCUGUGGCACGACCCCCCAUGGUUUCAGGCGUGCUGCCGCCAUGGUCAUCAGACUGCAACUUGCGAAACAUGGCUACUUUGACAUUCAGCAUCUUCCUAGCAAGGUUAAAGAUCGCAUCUGUGACCACUUUGGGUGGACUAGAAAGUCAAUGGGAGCAAUGUUUCAUAAUUACACGAAAGAUUGGGGAGCUUUUACUACGUUCCACCUUUUCUUCCCGCAGUCACUGAUGGAGUGGCUGACUGAUGGCGCCUGCGAUCCACCGCAGGCGCCAGAUGUCUACCUCUUCUAGUUCUGACUAUCUCUGUGUUCUCUCCUCAGACGAGCGACAGCCUGGCAUAAAGGUACCUAAGGUGCUAUGCCACCAGCCCCAUCCCUCCUCCCAACAUCUGCCGAUAUGCGCAGACGUUGGAGAGUGAAAUGGGUCUGGCGUGUAACUCUAAAAACAAGUAUCUUUUGAUCCUGAGACUAUUGAUGCAGAGGAGGCAAUAUUAGACGCCUCCUCCCUAUCUUCGAUAGAGUAACGUUUAAGAGAAACCUCUUGUUUUGAACAUACUUUCUCCUCUACCAUAUCUCCAUGUUCACCCUUCGUGCGGAUACUACAGUCCUUCCCUCUCCCACUCCAUCACAGGAGCUAGAGCGACUGCAGAAAAAUAUGCGCGUUUAUGCCGAAGCGACCCCUCUUGAUGUCCGGCUUCGAACCUGUUCGUCAAUCUUGAACUUCGACCAGAUAAUUGAACUGCUUAGGGAAGCAGAAACUCGCAUCUUGACAAAGCGCUUUAGUGUGCCUAGUCGGCGAAGACGUAGAUAUGAGAACAACCAAGGCUGUGAGUCUCUCCUUAAUCAAGAAGAAGAGGUUUUCACUCUCCGAAGAUCUGAAGUAGCAACUGUGAGUAGCUACACUCCCUAUGAAUUACACUAAGAUUACUUCUGAAGGUGAGUCGACUUACUCAUCCUCCUCUAUGAUGAAGUCUUCGCUCUUUACCCAAGAUCAUGGUGGUGAGAAUGCCUGUUUAGCGACUCCCACCCUGAGAAUCUUUUUCCUUCUAGUGGUAGUUGAGACCAUCCUACCACCAUGCUGCUCGUCUGCUGACGAUAGUUUACCAAAAGCAGACGGGCUGCCGAAGCAGCAUUGAGCAGUAUUUUCUUUCAUGUUGAAUAUUGUUACUCACCGUGUUCACCUUCGCGUCUAAGAGAGACGGCCUGCACAAGUAGGAAGAGGAUGACGGAGAGGAAGACACAGAUAGCUUGAGAUCUACUAUUGAUAUUUAGGAUCGAAUCACCAUAGAGAUCCUAGGUCUCCGCUCUUCUGUGUGUCCAUCUCUCUGUGUACUCUGUGAACAGCGCCACCCUCGUGGCACACAUCUAAUCGGUGUAGUACCUCUCGGGUAUUAUAAUAAGAAAAUAUCUGAGGUAUAUCUGAUUAUAUCAGACUCUUACUUUGCGCCAUCUCGAUUUCUCUAUGAGCAAGUUCAAAUAUAAAGUAGAAAAGUGGACACAGGUCGAUGAGGGAAAAGAUGGAUUGUAGUGUAACUCCUGUGAGGUCUAAUGAUAGAAGAGGAGCAAGAUGAAGCGGACGACGAUCCUAGUUGGACCUUGAAUUUGGACGAGCUGGAAGCAGAAAUCAAUGAACAUGAGACCAGUUUGCU